UCAGCUCUCGCCCCUCCCCUCUCGCUCCCCCGGCGCUGCUGCUGCUCCUCCUACUCCUGUGAUCCAUCUCGUUUGCGUGCGAGUGCGAUUGGGUUGGGACCUUUAAGCAUUGCAGCAUCAGCAGCUGUUGGCAGUUGCAGUUGCGUGAGCGUGAAUGCAGGGAGCCCAUGGCUAUGGUGGCUACGGUUACGGCGGCUACGGCUACGACGCCGGCGCGUACGGCUCCGCGGGCGGCGGGUACGGCUACGACGCCGGCGCGUACGGCUCCGCGGGCGGCGGCUACGGCUACGGCUACGGCGCCGGCGCGUACGGCUCCCCGGGGGGCGGGUACGGCUACGACGCCGGCGCGUACGGCUCCGCGGGCGGCGGGUACUACUACUCCAACGGCUACCCGCCGGCGCCGGCCUACGAGGACCCGCUCGCGGCCGGGCGGCGGGCGCACGACGUCCCGGCGCCUCUCAACGGGCUCGAGCUGCAGCCGUCGGAGGCGUGCCCCAAGAACUACGUCAUCUUCGACCAGACUUGCACCAAGAGCCGGGUCAUGUUCCACCCCUCCCUGGCGCACAAGCUCGGGGGUCCAUCGUCGGCCCACGGCGGCAGCUGCUACGGCGCGGGUGACGACGCCGGGAAGAAGGGCGCGUACAGGGACGACGACUGCGGCGGCUCGGUGCGUCAAAAGGAGGACACGGAGGAGAUCGACGCGCUGCUGAGCUCGGAGGACGAUGACGACGUGGUGAGCACGGGGCGCACCCCGGGCGCCUCCCGGGACGACGGGAGCUCCCCGGACUCCACGUGCUCGUCCAGCCGCCGCGGCGGCGGUGGCGAGCCGCGCAAGAAGGAGCGGAUGAGCAAGAUGAUGCGGACGCUCAGGGGGAUCGUCCCCGGCGGCAGCCAGAUGGACACGCCGGCCGUGUUGGACGGGGCCGUCCGGUACCUCAAGUCGCUCAAGGUGGAGGCCAAGAAGCUUGGCGUGCGCGGCUCGGGCAGGUAACUAGCUGAUCACCAGCAGCUCCAACCGAUGGCGCGAGGCGGCGGCGGCAGCAGCCAGGAUCUGGCCCAACUCCUUUCGUGCACUCUGCUUUUGGCCACGGGCUCUGUCGUCCAUGAU